AUGAAGGAAGACCCAGGGAACUACAGACUGGUCAGCCUUACCUCAGUCCCUUGGAAUGUGAUGAAGAAAAUCCUCCUGGAAAGUAUCUCCAAACGCAUAAAGGACAAGAAGGUGAUUAGGAAUAGUCAGCACGGAUUUACAAAGGGGAAAUCAUGCUUGACCAGCCUUACUGCCCUCUCUAAUGAGGUGACUAGCAUGGACAAGGGGAGAGCAGUGGAUGUUGUUUACUUUGAUCUUAGUAACGUUAUGGUCUCCUGUAACAUCCUCAUGGACAAGCUAGCAGGCACCGUUGUAAAAAUCUUGAAUGUGGCUUUUGUCUUUCAGAUCUCACUGCUAGUUGGAUUCAUCAGCGUAAAUAAUUCUCAAUGGACGGAUUACAGUGCAUUCAGCUACUUUCAGAUUGUCACCAUGUGCGACUUGAUUAUGAUUUUGUUCUUCUACAUUAUCCACAUUUUUAGAAUCUACAGGCAGCUCACUUGCGUUAGCUGGCCACUUGCGGAGUUUCUUCAUUAUUUAAUCGGUACCAUUCUGCUUCUCAUCGCAUCAAUUGUAGCAGCAUCCAAGAGUUACAAUUUGACUGGACUUGUGGCUGGAGCGACUUUCGGGUUCCUAGCUACGAUCCUUUGUGUUUUAAGCAUUUGGUCAUCCUACAAGGUUUCGUGCAUCACGCAGUCAACAAGUAAGUAUCAUGCUUAG